GCGCCUUUCCAGGCGCCCGUGGAGCCGGGAGUGACUGGACGCCCCUGCUUCUCUUCCUCGGGAUCGGUGGCAGGAGCCCCGCUGGCAAUGUCGGAGCGCGGGACGGGGCGGCAGUCACUGCCCGCGGCGCAUGGUGACAAGAAGGCAAGUGGAGAUUCUUCCAAGGCAGGAGAGAAAAAAGCAGAAGUUACAGAGGAAAAACAAGCAAGUGCUAAUGUUAGCCAACCCCCCAAAGCACAGACAAGGGGAGCACCUUCUGCUGCUAAGCAGUCUCCUUCUGUGGAUGCAUCAAACCCACAAAUAAUGAAACCAUCUGAAACCAGGUCAGCACCAACAACCAAAGCAGGAUCUGAAAAAAACACCCAGUCAGCCAAGCCAGCAGACUCUCAAAAUAAACAGCUGUCUGAAGAGAAGCAAAAGGAACCCAGUGAUGCAAAAAACCAAACUUCACCUUCUGUGACAACAGGUUCUAAACUAAAUAAUGCUGAAAAAGUAACUACAACUCAGGCUGACCAGCCUCCACAAGCAACCCCCCCAGAGACACCAAAGCCUAAAUCUGAGAUGUCCACAGUGGCUGAUGCAGCUUCUGCUGGCACAGCUGGUGCAAGUGUGGUUGCUGCAGCUGAUAAAUCAAGUGCUGAGCCUGGUAUGGAUGAGUCAGCGCUGGACAGCCUAAUAGAUACCCUGGGUGGACCUGAAGAAGAUGUGCCCACUACUCCUGUUUACACUGGUCCAGAAGUUACGGAAGAUGAUAUAUAUUCAAGAUACUUGGAAGAACUGGGUAAACGGGAGGGUAGUCUCCCUCCAGAGUACGUUAAAUUGUUGAAGAGCAAAGCCAAAGACGCAGUCCUACCAAAAGCAAAUGAACCAAAUGAAAAACCAAUGACAGAUGAUGAGCUUGCCGAGGCCCUGUCAUCUGACUUUACCUGCAGUACUACUUCUGCUCAAAAAGAGAAGACAAGUCUGACAGAGAAACAAAGUAAGGAAGGAGAAAUCGUGCAAGCACAAGCAGCAAGUUCAGUCAAGACCUCAGUUCCUCCUAAGGAGAAGAAAACAAGAUCAAAUGAGGAAAGCAAAGAAGAUGCAGUGGAAGCUCUCCUGGAUACUCUUGGAGGACCUGAACCUGAACCUGAACCUGAAGAAAAUCCUAUCCCUGUUGUAGAGGUGUCAGAGGCAAAAGCUAAGGAGAAAAAAGAAGAAAAGGUUGGAGAACGUGAUGAUACGAUACCUCCAGAAUACAGGUUAACUCCAGAGUUGGAUAAGGAUGGAAAGCCAACAUUGCCGAAGCCUGAAGAAAAACCAAAGCCUCUGAGUGAAUCUGAUCUUGUUGAUGAAUUUUCAAAUGACUUUGCCUGCCCUGCACAGCCUGCAGCGCAAUUCAAACCUUCAAAGCCCAGCAGCAUCUCCAAAAAGCCUUCAGAUUCUGUGUCUGCAAAAACCACUGAGAAUAAAGUAGUCCCUCGUGCCACAGCUUGCACUGUGCAGUCUUCAGCUCCACCAGCCCUGUCUUCAGUAAGUAGAGCUAAAAGCAAAACUUAGUGCUUCCUUUAUGGAAUGGCAGAGCAUAUUCCUGAUCCAGAUGAAAAAAAUCCAGCUAUGGACAAAGUUGAGGAGAAAACCAAAACAGAACAACACAAAAACCUGGGUGAAGAUGAAGAAACAGUUCCUCCAACAUACAGAUUAACAGGAGCUAAAGAUAAAGAUGGAAAACCACUCUUAACAAAACCAGAAGAAAGACCACAGCUGAUGAGUGAAAAUGAUCUGUUAGAGGGUUUGACAGAAGGAUUUUCCUGUUCUCCAUCACCACCUGCACCAUUACCUAAGUCAGCUGUACAAAAGAAAACCAAAGAGGGUAGGAAGCCCACGGGUUCCUCGGAUGUUAUCUCUGCUGCUACAGUUUCAUCAGUGCACUCAGCAGCUCCUCUGUCUUCUACCUCAGGAGGAAAAGAGAUGGAUGAAGCCUUGGAUCUCCUGUCCGAUUCCCUGGGACAGAGGGAGCCUGACCCUGACGAGAACAAACCAGUUGUGGAUAAAGUAAAGGAAAAGGCUAAAUCUGAACACAGAGACAAACUUGGAGAAAGAGAUGAUACCAUCCCACCUGACUAUCAAAAACUUCUGGAGUCAGGUGAUCAGGGUAAACCAGCAAAGCCAACAGCAAAGGAUGACAUAAACCGCAAAGGACAAAAGAAGCCUAGAGAUGACAGCGCAGCUAUUGAUGCCUUAUCAGGUGACUUUGAAACUUGUGCGAAUGCUCCUGCUACACCACAGCCUUCAAAGUGUAGGACAAAAGCGGAAAGGAAACCACGGCGACUAAACCAACCUCAAAGGACAAAGGAAAACCCAGAGACCCUAAAACGGCAAAGGGACAGUCCUCCAGCAGCAAAUCUGAGAAGCAGAAAACAAGCUAAACAUUAAAACAUUAUCAGGAUCCUGGCACAUCGUGUAAAAUGUCUUCUUUCUGUGGGUGGAUAGUUACUCCUGAGGAACAAAAGCUGAUGCUGAAAGCACAUGGUUAUUCUGGGUGAUUUUUGUACAGUGAUACUUGCCGCACUUUUUUUUCAUCUUUCCUUUUUCCCCGGUAGUAGGCUCAGGUGGUUUGUUUCUUUCCCUUAGCCAUUCAGUUCAUUAGACUCAUAUAGUCUGACUGUUUUGUAAUUUCCUUCAGUGUUCAGAAGGAAAGAAUUCUUCUAUUUGCAAGAAAUAUAUUCCACCAAUGAAGAGCAAUGCCAAAAAAAAAGAAAGUGCUGCAGACUUUUGCACAUAAUCUCCGCAUAGUGCCUCUAACUCUCUGAAGAGUUCGUAUGUGCUAGCAUUUUAACAUUGCAGUGAAUGCCUUAAGUGUUCUGGAAUAUAGCGAGCUUUAGUUAUCCUCAGCUAGGGCUGUGCAGGCUUUGCUCAGGACGGAUCCUGGUAGGAAAACCGCAGGUCAGCUGUGGGUGGAUAAAGGCUGAGAAACUGGGGAUUUAGGCUGCUUCUUCCAGCACAUCUGGUAAUAAAGCAGGUAUUUGGGAUGCUGCUUAACUGUAGUUAAAAUACACUAGGACAGGAUUCCCCCCACCUCCCCAAUUCCCCCAAUUGUAUCUGUACCGUUAUAUCAUAAUUUCAGGAGUCUCCUGGACUGAACAAACACAAGUCUUAGUGUAACAGUGACACUGCUACCAUCGCAGAAGGGGAAAUUGAGAAGGGGCAAUGAGUCUUGGCCGAAAUCGAAGUUUAGGUCCACAGGCAGACUCUUUUUUUGUUUAAAUCUUAUUUUGCACUGUUUCUGGUCCUUCUGUUCCUCGCACUCCAGCAGGGAAUGCAGAAAUAGGGCCGAAGUUAACGCUGCAGGGGACAAUGUCCCAUUCUCCUGCCCUGCGGGAGAACAGGCACGGGCAGGGGCCUUUCACGAGUCUGCUGCAGUCAGGGCUGUCAGGACAAGUGUCUCCGUGGGUUUCCCUCUGCCUUCCUCCCCUGCAAAACAUCCUUUUGCUCAUCCUUAUACGUGUUACAGCUCCUCCCAUCAGCUGCCAGAGGAAGGUCUCCUACCGACACCAAAACCCGGCUCAGGGUGUGGCCCUGGAGGCAGAGACAGCCUGGAGACUGAAGUUGGGGAUAUUUAGACUCGAGACUGUGCUUCCAGUGUGCACCGUACCACACUAAUAAAAGUUUUUAAGGAUGCA